GCCACUUUGUGUCUUAGAAUUAUAUAGUUCAAUUCGGUUUUUGUAUGUCUGAUCUAUUGUUUGUAAUUAUGACAGUAGUUUUUGUAUGAUUUUAGUAUAUUUAUAAUAGUAAUCAAUGAUAUUUUGUAAAGUGGUUUUAUCCUCGAGAUUCAUUAUAGGAAAGCCAUGGCUUACUCGAUUAAUAGGAGACCCUUGCUAGGAGGUGCUAGCGAUAGUGAAUUUGAGGAUGAAUUAGAAACAGAAGUUGAUGAUCCAAAUGUAAACAUUCCUGAUGAAAAGCCCUUUUUAAAACAUGAACCACGUGACAAAUAUCAUAUAGCUUAUAUAAUUUUUUACUUAUUGGGAAUAAAUACACUAAUUCCAUGGAGCUUCUUUGUUACUGCAAAUGAUUAUUGGAUGUACAAAUUUCGAGAAAUACAUGAAAACAAUACAGGACGACAUAAUUAUACGCACACAGAAAAUCUCGAAACGAAAACUGAUCUUCAAGCUAGUUUCAUAUCAUAUUUAAGUGUAUCAAGUGCUCUUCCAAAUACACUCUUCCUAAUACUAAAUACAUUUAUAAGUAAAAAAAUAUCACUGACAACCAGAAUGAUAGGAUCUCAGUGCAUUAUUCUUUUACUCUUUAUCCUGACCACAGUUCUUGUUAAAGUGAAUACGGAUGAAUGGCAAAAUGCGUUCUUGGUGAUCACUUUAACAACAGUUGCAGUUGUAAAUAUGGCCAGUGCCAUUUUUGGUGGGAGUUUGAUGGGUAUCGUUGGUCGAUUCUCCCCAAGAUAUAUUACAGCAAUGAUGGGAGGUCAGGCAGUUGGUGGAAUUUUCACAGCACUCGCCGAAAUUGGAUCUCUUUGGAUAGGAGCCAGUCCUGUUCUCUCAGGGUUAUUGUAUUUCAUAAUUGGUGAUGUUUUGUUGUUUCUCUCAUUGAUUGCUUACAUCAUUCUAGAGAAGGCUAUAUUUUUUAAACAUCAUAUGAUAGAAAAACUACCAGAGAGCUUAAACACAGAUUUCCCUGUAGACGGCGAAGUAAUAUUCUCACAAAACUAUACAAUUUCCUAUACUCGUAUCUUUAAGAAGACUUGGCAUUAUGGAUUUAGUAUAUUCCUAGUAUUUUUCAUAAGCUUAUCAGUAUAUCCAGCAGUGACUGUAUUGAUUGAAAGCCAAGACAAAGGCAAAGGAUAUGCCUGGAACGACAUAUACUUCGUACCUGUGGUGACAUAUCUCAUAUUCAGUACUGGUGACUAUGUUGGGAGACUUUUAGCUGGAUAUUUUUUAUGGCCGAAAAACAAACCAUGGCAAGUAAUACUUUUAUGUUUUAUAAGGACAAUUUUUGUACCAGUAAUAUUAUUUUGCAAUGCUCAACCAAGAAGUCAUCUACCAGUUUACAUCCGAGAUGAUAUUUAUUAUAUUUUGAUAACUAUUGCAUUUUCCAUAACCAAUGGUUACUUGUGCAACAUCGUUCUUAUCUUGGCUCCUAUGGCGGUCGAGAUACAAGAAAGAGAAAUAGCUUCACUCAUGAUGGGUGCUUUUCUUGGUAUAGGAUUAGCAGCUGGUUCUGCUUUGAGUCUUGUUAUGGUGAAAGUUCUUUAAACUUGUCUAAAAGUUCGAGAUGAAAAAAUGACUAACGAAUCAGAAGAAUUUCUUUCACUGCCCCCCAUCGACGGUAAUCAGACAUUGAUUGUUCAUUGUUUUAAACUAAGUCUAGAAAUAUUUGAAGUUUUAGGACUGUUAUAUAAUUUGAAAGAAAUUUUAAAUUGUAUUAUAUGAGACUGGUGAUCCUGGAAUAAGUCCACACCUGUGUCAAAAUUCAAUGAUCUAUUUCAAUGACAAUCGAAUUUGCGUUUACAAAUUGCACACAUUCUUUUGUUUCUGUGAAUCGAUAACAGUAUUUGCCAAGACAAUGAAAAAGUUUAAUUAUCUUUAAUUUGGUAUUACCGCAACUAUAAAAGUACCUCGACCAUUCCAUUGCGAAAAUUAUAUCCUGCGGUUAUUUUAGAAAAUCUCAGAAUAUCUCAUGUAUCAUAAACUUGGAUAGCAACAGGGAGAACCAUACGUAGAUCGUACACACAAAUAUUAUACAUAAUGUGAGAUUCUAGUCAUUCUCUAAACUUCUUACAUGUUUAUAAAUGUUGACUACGAAUAUUAAGAUAACAAACUAUGGUGGCACAAAUGAAGGUAAAGAAUAGAGAAUAAAAAAUAGACAUAUAAAUUUUUAGCGGUAAUGUUAUAUAAGUUAUGCAAAGAUCAUAAUAGGGUACAUGAAUAAUACAGUGAAAUUCUAUACAUGUUAUUAAUAUAAAAUCAUAAAUAUUACAAUGUAAUAUAUUUCACCUGUAUUUCUCAUACCUAUCCCAUAUAUACGAAUCUCAAGGAAUCAUUGAGAAAUCUGAUGGAGUGAGACAAUUUAUUUUAUAAAUAUUUAAUAUUGUACAAAUCUUGAAAUUAUUAUGGAUCCGUUGUAUCGUAUUAAACAGUUUCAAAUUAUGCGAUAAACGUUGUCAAAAUAAAAAUCAGGAAAAUUCUUAAGGA